AUGCCCGUUUGUUACCCCAAGUGCCAAACGAUUGCCACACCCACGCAGAGAGAAAAGUUCAUACUCGAUCCUCAUAAAACAAGUCUGUUGUUGCCAUUGUUUGGGCAGCAUUUCUCUCACCAGUUCUUGAAAUCCAUGAAGGGAGAAGAGACAGAAGGAAGAACUUUGUCGAAACAUCACAUCGAUUUGUCUCAAAUCUAUGGUGACAGCAAAGACAAGGAGCUAAUGCUGAGAACAAGGAAAGAUGGUAGAAUGAAAAUGCAGACUAUCAAUGGAGAGGAGUGGCCUCCUUAUGUAGCCGAUGUUUCGGUCGAGACGAUUGUGUUAGAGGAUGGAUUGAGAACUGACAAGAUGUUUGCGUUCGGUCAUCCACUUUUCAAUCUGUUUCCAGGUUUACUGGCUCUGUCUACCAUAUGGCUGAGAGAGCAUAAUCGUGUUGCCGAUCUGUUGAAGAAGUACCACUCAAAUUGGGACGACGAAAGAAUAUUCCAGACUGCCAAGUUGCAACUCGGCGGUGGUAGCUACCGCUUCACAUUCGAACUGACCCUCAUGCAUGGAACAGAGAUGCAGUACGGUGGUAAUCGAAUUGCUAUUGAGUUUUACGAUUUGAAUUACUGGCAUGCUCUCAUCCCAGAUAUCUUUCACAUCGGUGGCAUCGACUACCCCAUUGAGAAUGUAACAUGGAACAACGAGGUUGUUCUACAACAUGGCCUUGAAGAGUUCUUCAGCUCAAUGUUGAAGCAGAUAGCAGGGCAGCCGACUCAGUUAAACUUCGGUAAACAAGCUCAACAAGUUGACAUCAAACUUUUGAAGAAGGAAAGAGCGCUACGAAUCCUGCUCUUUAAUCAGUACUGCAAGAUGAUGGUUCUUCGUCCUUAUGAGUCUUUUGAAGAUCUCACGAAUGACGAAGACAUGGCAAAAAGGCAGAGUCACUUUACAAGGAUAUCGAUGCAGUGGAAUUGUUUUCUGGGAUGA